AUGGCACCAGCUCUCCACCCAGCUGCCAUGGCUGCAAUGGCCGCAAUGGCUUCUUCAGCUUCAGCUUCAACACCGAAACAACAAGCUCCGCCGCGUCAACCACUCCGUAAGAAGCGAAAAAAUAGAUCACCGAUCGUGGCGCGACUGGUGGUUGAUGAGCUCCGUGGCGAUGUCGGAUAUGUCUCUGAGGAUAUCUGGAGAGAUGUGUUUGGGUUCAUCAAGCAGGAGCCCAAGAAGCCCGAGCAGCAUCCUGAGAUUAUCAAUGGGGAAACAAUCAUGAUUGAUGAUGAGGAGCCCGAAGAAGAACCAAUACCCCCGACCCUCCACAUCGCCGUAACACCUCUCAGCUCAGCGCGCGAAGCAGCUUCCAAAAAAUGGUCUAUCUUCCCCGUGACUUUCCUUCCCGAUAGCUCGCAGUUUAUGCGUCUCGCGCCCUCAACAAUCAUGCUCCCAAAUACUAUGACCCUCCCCCCUCAGCUUUCCGCAGCUGGCGAAAAGGGUGCGAAAGCCCUCGGGGUGCUCGUAAUGGAUGUAGUCCCUGUAGGCCUAGAAACCGUGAUCGUGAACGUCCGCGUUCCAGCCAGCAUGACCUCGCAGUACGACCAAGACCUCGAAGACCGUGUUAAGGAGGCACUGGCGACGCAGAAAAUUGUCCGCGCCGGAGACGAGCUCCCGUUGCGGUAUGCACAUGGAAGGAUUGAGAGAGGCCAAGCAAAGAUUGAAAUCUGUGAGCCAGUGGAGCAGGGGUUGAUAUUGAAGGAGACAAAAAUAGUAAUUUUGAAAGAGAGAGAGAGUAUGCAGAGAAAGCAACGAGCUGCGGUCGAUGGGAUUACAGUUUUAGGUGGUGGUCGCGAGCAUGAUGGGGGCUCUGAAGGUGAAGAUUUAGGCGACGAGGACGAAGGCGACUUAGAGUUUUCCACAUUCUUGUCUUUGCCCAGUCCGGGGCCCAUCUCUUACUCGAGUAUGAACUCGACGCCAUACAUGCGCAAUGGGUCCAUUUCUCCAAACUCGAGUUUACAGUCGAGCUCGGGUGGACAAGGGAAGGAAUUUAAGACCCAGUCGCUCACAACCCCGGUGCCGUCGGGGCUUUUGUUCCCCAAACCAAAGGACUACGAUGAUGACGAAGCACGAGUUUUUGUAAAAGUAGGAGAUUUGGCAAAGUUGGGCUGCUUCUCUGGUGACUGGGUUAGGAUAUCAAUCCCAUCACCACCUGUAGAGGGCACUGCUGCAACGUCAAUCAGGACUGCCGCCGAAGCGGUAGCACGGGGGCGUGGGCUAGCAGUUCCUACAGGGAGAGGUGUAAACGGAAGUAGGCCGGUCUCGCGGAAUCAGCGUGACAAUUCCUCAAUGCGGAGCGACGAUACAGAACUUGGACGCCCAGUAAAGAUCUACUCGCUUCCUGAGGGUUGGGAAAGCUCUUCAACCAACGAAAAGAAGAAGAAAAGGCGUAGUGAGAAGGGGAAAGAGAUAGAGGGUGAGCUAAAAAAGGAAGUUAGUGUGGUCUACCUUUCGCCUAUCCUCCUUGCAAACAUCUCCCCUUCAGUAUCAAUGGCUCCGGAGGUUGUAUUAUCGCCAUUUGAGAUGCCCACCAAGUCUCUACGUGAUCCAGGCCCUACUUCCCCUCCUCCCGCCAAGGAGGUCACACUACUACGCAUCGCAUCACCUACCUCAACAGACCGGACACUUCAACCUUCGCUCCUACUUCAACUAAAGUCCUACUUUGAGUCCUGCCGGCGAAUCGUGAAGAAAGGCGACGUCAUUGGUGUCGGAAUUGACGAAGUCCUAGCUAGAAGUCUCUACGGAGAUAGCGGUGAAGACGGCGUCACGGAAGAACUUCUCACUGGUAAUGUUGAAGAAGGUAAAGGCGGUAAGAAGACCUGUGUCGCUUGGUUCAAAGUCGGCAAUAUUGUCUCUACCUCCGACGAUAACCCGGGCGACCGAAGUCCGAUUGGCCGCCGAGGUACAGACCGAAAAGAAGCAACAGAAGAGAGUGCAUGGGGUGGUGUAGUGUUUGUCGACCCGGCAACUACGCGUAUGGUGCAAGCUGGCUCGGAGAAGCGGAAGAUUCCACCUACAAUGUCCUCAACAUGGGAGUAUUAUCUUGGGUUGUCGCCGCCGCCAGUUAGGUUGGCCAUUGAACAAAACAAGCCCACUGCGUUGGUUUUCCCGAACCGCUAUGUCAACCAGACGCAGCGGCGGUUAAGGGAGCUGGUAUCUGCAGCCACAUCUCCAAGGGCCAUACAGCUGGGGUUACAGCCUAUUGCAAUUCUACUCACAAGUACACAAAGAGCAAUUGGUAAGAGGACGAUUGCAAUGAGGGCGGCAUCGGACGUGGGAGUUCACGUUUUUCAUAUCGAUGCGUAUGACAUCAUUUCAGACGGCGGUUCAGGGGACGUUAAAACAGAGGGAUUCCUUAGGGCAAGAGUUGAUAGAGCUCUGUCAUGUGGAAAGGAGAGCUGUGUUUUGCUCUUGUCCCAUAUUGAGGCCCUUACUGCGGCGAAGAUGGGCGAGGUAUUGAAGGAUAUCGUCGGCCAGUUCAGGAUUGUCGUUGCGACUACCACAGAAGUGGACAAGCUGUCUGAUAACGUACGCAAUGUUUUCACGCACGAGAUGGAUGUUGGUGCACCUGAUGAAAAGGAGAGAGCAGGGCUCUUGGAGGCAAUUGUAGAUGAGCGAAGAGUUAGACUUGGGAAAGAGGUCGAGCUUAGUGGCGUCGCAGUCAAGACUGCAGCUUUAGUAGCUGGCGAUUUAGUCGACGUCGUCGAGCGAGCUGUCGCAGCUAGCGGUGAGCGAGUCUCAAAAUUAGCAAAGAAAUGCCGCGCAAGAAUAAAGAACACAGGGUCCGUCGAGGGGACAAUCAUGAUCCAAGAUCUCGAGAUUGCUGGAGGCGACGAAGCAACUAGCAUCCUCAAAUGCGAUUUCGAAGUCGCAGUCGAAGCUGCGCGCCGUAACUUUGCUGAUUCUAUUGGCGCUCCAAAGAUCCCUAACGUGUCUUGGGACGAUGUUGGAGGUCUUGCUAACGUCAAGAGCGCCGUUAUGGAGACCAUCCAGCUCCCGCUUGAGCGGCCAGAGCUCUUUGCGAAAGGUAUGAAGAAGCGCUCCGGUAUUCUUUUCUAUGGGCCGCCGGGAACAGGAAAGACCCUCCUUGCUAAAGCAAUUGCAACGGAGUUCUCGCUCAAUUUCUUCUCUGUUAAGGGGCCCGAAUUGUUGAACAUGUACAUCGGAGAGUCUGAGGCCAAUGUGCGCCGUGUCUUCCAACGUGCACGUGACGCAAGACCUUGCGUGGUAUUUUUCGAUGAGUUGGAUUCAGUCGCGCCUAAGAGGGGUAACCAGGGUGAUUCUGGCGGUGUUAUGGAUCGUAUUGUGUCCCAGCUGUUGGCGGAGCUGGAUGGUAUGAGUGAAGGUGCCGAGGGAAGUGGUGGUGUUUUCGUGAUUGGAGCGACCAAUAGGCCCGAUUUAUUGGAUGCAGCAUUACUUAGGCCGGGAAGAUUCGACAAGAUGUUAUACUUGGGUGUCAGUGAUACACAUGAUAAGCAAUUGACCAUCUUGGAGGCGCUGACAAGGAAGUUCGCGCUUCACCCUACGCUUUCGCUGAGAAGAAUAGCGGAGACUUUGCCAUUUACAUAUACCGGUGCAGACUUGUACGCGCUGUGUUCUGACGCAAUGCUGAAAGCGAUCACUCGUCAAGCCGGAAGAGUAGAUGAAAAAAUCAGAAUCCUCAACAGUCAGAGUGGUGAGAGUAUGAGCACGGCCUACUUUUUUGACCACGUUGCAACUGAAGAGGAUACCACUGUGCUUGUCGAAGAGGGCGACUUUGAAGAGGCGAAGAACGAACUCGUGGGAAGUGUUAGUGCCAAAGAACUCGAGCAUUACCAACGCGUACGUGAACAGUUCGAAAAGGCCGAAGAUGACGAAAGCAAAAAGAAGUCCCAAAACAAAAAGAAAGGCAAGGCCAUCGAAAUGAACAUGGAUGAAAUGCCACUCUACGACAACGGCAAAGUUAUCCUACUCGGCAGAUCUGGACAGCCCCUUGAAGAUUCAGGUCUUCGUGCACGGCUCCAGCUUGAUCUCGGCAGCGACACUGGCCCGGCUACUGGCGAGUGGGAAGACUCUGCAGCUGGCGAUGACGAAGAGCUUUAUGGCGGGGGUUCGUGA